CCCUUGAGCAUCGAGCAGUCCAGGCAGGCCCGGUAGCGCCAGCUAAACCAACGGCCCGGGAGAGCUGUGGCAUGUGCGGCUCACUCACCUAUUGGUAGGCGGGGAAGUGUGAGCGAGCGACCCGAUCUGGCAUACCAUUUUCCCCCAUCUUUAUAGGCUGAGGAUAACCUGCGACGUGCAUUCCAAGACCCUGACAGGAGCAAACACCGGGCCAUCAGACAAACCGUCCCUCGAUAAGACGCCUCAAGAAACCCCAAACAAAAACAAGCGCAUUUUUUUUCGCCUUCAGCGAAUCCCUAUCCGUCAAGUCAAAAAGAUGCAAUCAGCAGUCCGCGCUCUGCGGCGGCCCGCGGCGGCGACAGCAGCGGUAGCAGCAUCAUCCCGCUUACAGGCGGCAUCCCUGCCGCGAGUCGUCGCCGCUCCCACCAGGCGCAACCUGUCUGCCAACACCACGAGCGCUCCCGCCAGCGCCAGCACCAGCUACGAGUUCAUCCAGGUGUCUCGGCCCCGGCCGGGCGUUGCGCAGGUAACGCUGCACCGUCCCAAGGCGCUCAACGCGCUGUGCACGCCGCUGAUCACGGAGCUGAACGCGGCGCUGGGGGUGCUCAACAGCGUGGCGGACGUGGGCGCGGUGGUGCUGACGGGGUCUGAGCGGGCGUUCGCGGCGGGGGCCGACAUCAAGGAGAUGGCCCCCCUCAGCUUCAGCGCGGCGUACACGUCGGCAUUCAUCGAGAGCUGGUCGGCGCUCACGGCCACCCUCAAGAAGCCCCUGAUAGCCGCGGUGUCCGGGCACGCGCUCGGCGGCGGCUGCGAGCUGGCGCUGAUGGCCGACAUAUUGUACUGCACGUCGGGCGCGAAUUUCGGGCAGCCCGAGAUCAAGCUGGGCACGAUCCCCGGCGCGGGGGGCAGCCAGCGGCUGGCGCGGGCGGUCGGCAAGAGCCGCGCCAUGGAGCUAGUGCUGACGGGGCGGUCGUUCUCGGGCGACGAGGCGGCGCUCUGGGGCGUGGCGGCGCGGGCGUUCCCCACGCACGCCGAGCUCAUAGACGCUGCGCUUGACACUGCUGAGACUAUUGCCGGCUACUCGCGUGUUGCUGUUAUGGCUGCCAAGGAGGUCGUCAACAAGAGCCAGGACCUACCGCUGCGCGACGGUGUCGAGUACGAGCGCCGCGUGUUCCACAGCCUGUUUGGCAGCCGCGACCAGAAGAUUGGCAUGGCCGCUUUUGUCGAUAAGAAGAAGCCCGAGUGGAGCCACGAGUAAUAGCUGGCAGUCAGUGUAUGCAGUGUAACGGUAGCCUUGGUGGAUCAUGUUGAAACGGAGCAGAAAAUAGAAUAGAAUAUAAAU